AUGUUAGCCGUCUGCUUGGCUUGCCUUUUUCUCUUUUCAAAUCUUGCGGCUGCCACUACAGAUGGAAAAGAUGAGCAUUAUAUCUACAAUCAGAUGUGCAUCGUUGAUGGAAAGCUCAAAGUCCUGAACGGAUUCGAUUGUAGGGAGCAAGUUGCCGCGGCCAAAUGGCGGAAUUCAGUGAAUGCAUCAGGCUGGACCUUUCUCGAAAUCGAAACACAGGCGAAGUUUGACCCAGAACUACAAGCCUAUGCUGCUGGCUACCUGGAAGGCGUUUUAUCGCGUGAUGUGCUACGAAUGCACAUUGAGAACGCAAUAGCAGAUUACUGUAAGAACUUCACCCAGUACUGCGACCGAAUGACGAGCUUCCUCACAGAAAAUCAAAAGUUCAUCAAAGAUAAGAUUGACACUACUGCAAGAGAUGACGUGUACUGGUCCGCGGUAAAUCGCACCUACCACCAGUUGACUGGUUUAAUCGCAGGAUAUGAAGGGAGAGAGAUAACUCCGGGAAUUACCUAUGAAAUACAUCCUGUUUUAUUACUGAACUGGAAUGGAGAUUUCUACGAUCUUGAGAAAAAACUCAACAAGACUAGAGAUCCGGUCCUUGAUCAAUUGGGCGGACGCUGUUCUGGUCUCAUUAAGGUUGCACCAAACAACACCGAUCUUUUCAUUUCGCAAGUGACUAUGAGUGGCUACCAGAACAUGCUUAGAGUUCUCAAACUCUACAAGUUUGGAUAUGAUCGAGAGUUCUACCCAGGUUAUGCCACUUCCAUGGCCUCUUACCCAGGAUUUUUGUAUUCGUCUGAUGACUUCGCACUAAUGUCAUCUGGUCUGGCCGUGAUCGAGACCACAAUCAGUGUCUUCGACCGUAGCAUCUUCAACAAUACAAAGGCUGUGGGCCAGCUACCUACGUGGAUUCGUGCCAUAGUUUCCAAUCAGUUAGCCAGAGACGCUAGAGAAUGGUGUAAGAUUUACGCUAGAUACAACUCAGGAACAUACAACAAUCAGUGGGCUGUGCUUGAUUACAACAAAUUCACACCAAACAAGCCCCUUCCUGAGUACGGUCUCUUCUACGUUCUUGAGCAACUGCCUGGUACUGUAGUAUAUCAAGAUCUGACGUGGUUCCUCCAAAAAUACUCAUAUUUCCCAUCAUACAACAUACCAUAUUUCAAGAAAAUCACCCAGCUUAGCGGUUUUAUAGGGCAGGGCAAAAAACUUGGAGACUGGUUCGUAUGGGGAAAAUCUCCUCGAGCGAGAAUUUUCGAAAGGGAUCAUCAUACGGUAACUGACAUCGAUUCGCUCACAAAGCUCAUGAGGUACAACGAUUACACCAAGGAUGAAUUUUCAAAGUGCAAUUGCAAUCCUCCCUACUCGGCCGAGGCGGGUAUUUCCGCUCGUGGAGAUUUGAAUCCAGCCAAUGGAACGUACGAGUUUCCUGGACAAGGGCACGUCAAUCAUGGUGCGCUCGACUACAAGGGAACCAAUGCGAAAAUGAUGAAGAAAUUGCAGUUCAGGGCUCAGGGUGGUCCUACAUGGGGGACCGUACCUCCAUUUAGAUGGAGCACGUUUGACUUUAAGGAUAAGGUGAAGCACUUGGGUCAUCCUGACGAGUGGAAGUUCGACUGGAUGGACAUAAAGUGGGAGACUGACAUUCACGGCUAAAAUCAUUGAAAUCUCAUGUCUUCUACUUGUUUUACUAGUUAGG